AUGACCGAAGUUCAUUCAUUCGGCAAUUUGCCUGUUAUUGCUCAUGCUUGGAAUAAAGAUCGAACACAAAUCGCCGUUUCGUUGGGCAAAAACGAUGUUCGUAUCUAUCAUAAACAAGCUGGAAAAUGGAAACUAAUGCAUACGUUAACUGAGCAUUUAUCGCGUGUCCUAGCGAUUGAUUGGGCACCGAAAACGAAUCGAAUUGUCUCUGCUAGUGCUGAUUACAAUGCUUACGUUUGGACAUAUGAAAAUGACACUUGGAAACCUCAAAUGGUCGAGUUACAACGAACAAGUCGUGCUGUUUGUUGCGCCAAAUGGUCGCCACAGGAAAAUAAAUUCGCUAUUGGUUCCAGUGAUAAGAAUGUUGCGAUAUGUUAUUAUGAAACAGAACAACGUUUCUGGGCUGCCGAAAUGAUCAAGAAAAAACCUAAAUCAACUGUGACAUGUCUUGCAUGGCAUCCGAAUAAUCAGCUUCUUGCUGUCGGUAGUUGCGAUUAUCGUGUACGAAUCUACACGGCAGCGGUCAAAGCAGUUGGUGAUCAACCCCAACCAUCUAAAUGGGGAAAUAUUGCAAAUACGGGAGAACUUUUGCACGAAUUUCAAUCGGAAUCCGGUUGGACACACGACGUGGCUUUUUCACCAUCGGGUGAAAAUUUGGCGUGGGUAUCACAUAAUUCCAUUAUCUUUGCAGUUUCAUCCAAGGAUCCAUCCCGUAUCACGAUGGAAAUUACAAAUUAUCUACCAUUUCGUUGCAUUCUCUUUGUUAGUGAAUCAACUUUCAUAGUUGGCGGCCAUGAAUUUUCGCCAUUGAUUUAUAACUAUGAUGAUCGGCGAGGCGCUAUUGAAUUCGUCGAAAAACUCGAUCAACAAGGUGCGAGCACUGGCCGACAAGCAAUUGGUCGUCUGUUCGAUCAGCCAUCAAUGCAAACACAAUCGCCGGAACCUGUCACUACACAUCAAAGCAUGAUUACACAAAUUGUACCUUAUCAAACUGAGAAUAUGAAUUUAAGUAAAAUAAGUUCUGCUGACUUGUUCGGUCAAGUUGUCAUUUGGAAUUUAAGUGGCAAAAAAAUAAAAACCUAA